CGGUUCGCGCGUUAAUAUGUUGGGCGUGUACACGGUCGAUUUGAAUUCGAGCACAUGGCAGUGAUGGCGAGGGGUCUGAUGAACAUCGACUUCCUCCAAUGCACUGAGAAUUUGCCAAUGAGCGGCAUCAUGGAGCUCAUGACCAUGAAGUAUCCGCGCAGCUGAGAAACUUUAGCGUUUGUGCAGUUGAGGGCGCUAUCUCGUCUGCAAGCUUCGCGAUUUCGUGAGAAGGAGAUCGGAUAGAAUGUCGAGCGUCUUCUGUCCGAUUUGCUAUGACUCUGUUGAUGUCCUUCACCAACAUCUCGAGUCUGUGGUUGGAUGUGGUCAUGUAUUUCAUGGCGGCUGCCUACAAGAGUGGGUCAGGCUCUCGCCUGUGAGCCCGACGUGCCCACUUUGCAAGGCACGCUGUGGAGAGAGAGAGCGUCAGCGGCUGUUCUUCCAAGCGUCUUCUGAAUCCUCCCAGCGGUCAUCACCAACAACUUUAUCUCCAAGUGAUCCUCUGAGUUGUGAGAAGGGCGAAGAGUAUGUGCGUUCGCUGGAAGCUAAGGAACGGGCUCUGCAAGCAUCCCUGGACUCGGCCAGAAGGCGAAUUUCAGUACUCCAAGAUGGGGAGCAAGAAAACAAAGCAAAGUUGAAUCAAAUUGGGGAGAUAGCAAGGUUAGCUAACCUCCAGCAAUCUGUCACAGAGGAGAAGCUCAAGAGGGUUGAAAAGGAACUCAAUGACUGCGAAAGAGAUCGUAAGAUUCUUCGAAAAAGAAUGGCGACGCUGGAACAAGACCUUGCAAGUAAUCAAUUGAUAAAUGACGUGGAAAUAAGUGAAGACGAAGUAAUACAACUGGCGUCGUCUGGUCACCUCAGUAAAGACGAGUACAUCCAGAUGUUGGCGAGAGCCCUUCUGUCAAGAAAUCAGUCGUUCAAGGAUCUUAUGAAAAAAUGCAAUGAAUUCCGAAUGGAAGAGUUUGUUGCCAAAAAACACGCCUCCAAACUCGAAGCCAAACUUGCUAAUGCGCAAGCAAGGAUUAAAGGUUCCGUACAUGAUCAGGAGAUUCUGCAGAAUGAUUGUGUGAGAUCUUUGCAAGCAAGGGUUAAAAAUAUGGCACAUGAACGGGAGGCACAGCUUGAACCUUUGGAACAAGUUCAGAAGGGUCAGGAUCAUGACAUUUUGAGACCUUUAAAGGACGUGCACACAGGCCUGACUGAAGUUCCCAGGGAACGAAAAGAAAAUGAAAAAGUGGGGACUCACAUAGAAACACCAAACAACUUUGGAAUGACGGGCCCUGAAGAUGAUCAGGUAGUUAACCUCGGCUGUGGCUUACCAAUUCCAAUCAGACGAGAACGGAAUUCAAGCUUAGUAGAAGAAAGCAAUAUACAUCCGACGUUAUUCUCUGGCUGGCUGGGAACCUCGCGAAACUCAUCUGGGUCUUCCCUUUUCUCCAAAACUCUUCUUUUCAACAGUGGUCGUGUAGUUGCGAGACCACCCCCUUCAUUCAUUGUACCACCUCCUCAGAAAGGAGCACGCCAGGUAAAGAGAUCGAAGCUUGUUGCAGCAAAGAUCGAGGAUUUUUUUGGAAAAACUUGAGUCGAUCAAAAUAUUUGCAAGAUUUUACACUAGAGAAAGAUAACGGGAAAAUUUUGGUUUUCCAGGAAUAGAACUUUGUUCCUUUUCCCUGUAAAGUUAUAGACUUUGGAAUUUUAUUCCAAGUAUACACAAAGAUAACCUUAUGACACAACUGACAAGUAAAGGUCGAGGUUAUUUUGAACAAAUUUGAGUGGGUGAAGCAAUUCAACAUCAUAGAAAGACAAACAGGAAACAGGAAAUUCACAUGGCAGGAGAUUUCUCACCUACUUCCCUUAGUAGAAUGAUCCAUUUUUAAAGUCGAUUGUACACAGCUUAACUUCUUGUAAAGCUUAAUUUACCUGUGUCACAACAACCACGGGAGGUACUCUGUGGUUUUGGAAUUUGCAGCUGUGGUUUAUAUAUCUAGAGUCUGCGAGCCUCUUCGAUCUCAGCGUGCAGAAGUUAGGUCAUGUAGCCUUGAUAUUGGCGUAAACUGAUGAUUUUGAUGAUUCCUCGAAAGUGAAUAAUCUCCGUGUCUGCUGGUUUGGCAGACUACAUUAAGCUC